AUGAAAAUCGCGCCUUACUCUCUGGGAGAAGUCUUGGCCGUCGCUGAGAUUCACCCCUUCUACAAGGAAGAGAUACAGUAUCCUCCUGAGGAAAAAAUAAUUCGAGAGUUGAGAGAGAAGACGUCAACAGAUGAGGCCGCAGAGAAAAAGCUAAGCGCAUGGUCUAUCACCUGGAAGAAGAACCUUUAUAACACUAUCCAACGACUUGUCAACGAUACGAGACCUGAUAAUACGUAUCGGCAGAGCGUGUACGCGAGUAUUACAGGCGGGGGAUUUGGUUCGAAGCCCUUAUUCUUCGGAACGGAUGUGUAUGAAAAUCGCAAACAUCGAGCAAAUUUUGGCCACUUUCUCAAAACUCUUGGUGUCAUUAAGCCUGGGGACUGGGCACUGACCACCCAUUGCGCUGGGGAGCUGUAUAGGUCUCUAGAUCUGACGCUCGAAAUCUUGGAGAAUGCUGGUGCCUCAGUCUUGAGCGCGGGGAACUUCAUGUCUCCUCACGAUGUUGUCAAGCUCCUCAUAAAGUACCAUAUCAAUAUCCUCGCUAGUGACAGCGGCCAGGUUGUUCAGAUGGUGCACUAUAUUUCAACUCUCCCUGACGAAGAGCGUGCCUUGAUCAAACUGGACAAAAUCAUCUAUUUUACGUAUCGAAUAGAGUAUCGCAUGCUUUUUUAA